UAUUCCAUAAAUUUAGUUCCCCCGUGCUUUCUAUAUGAACGCGGCGACGGGAGAAAGAACUGCCCGCCAACAUUAUUAGAACCGCCGCCCCUUUCCCCCUCUUUCCGAGUUGCACGAUCUGCACCCCUUCUGCAGCGCCCCGUGCGAUGGCGAACGCCUCCCAGGAUGAGGAGGACGGACCCGCCGGAUCGCCGGGGGCGGAGCAGCGCGCGAUCCCCCCACUCCCAUUUGCUCCGCUUCCACGGCGGUCGCGCCUCUCCGGGUCCGGACUGCUCGCUUCACCAUUCCCCGUCGGCAACUGCACCAGUUUCCGCACCAUCCGAUCCUCCAACCUCCCCUUGGCCGGCGGACCCGAUGGUGUCGGAACGAUGGCUCCCGCGGGCGAUCGACACGGCCGGGCGGCCAGUGAGCGGCCGCCCUCCCCUCAGGAGGAGUCCUUCCCGCAGCGUAAGCGAUCGACGAGGAUCAAGAACUUGAAAGACAGGGAAGGAGGGGUCGAUAGGCCGUUUUCCUCUUCUGCGCCGGCGGAGGCCGUCAGGCCAUGGAAUCUGAGGACCCGGAGGCCGGCGGAUAAUGCACCGGCUGAGAACGGGCCGUAUCGGUUCCCUUCCUUGGCUUCCGUGUCUCCUUCGCCUUUUGCAGCGGAGAAGAGCUGCCCCGGGAAGGAGAUGGUGGGGGCGGGAUCGGAUGCAUCCGAGAAGGGUAAGGGUGGCAGAUUCACGAUCUCGUUGUCGCGAGAGGAAAUCGCAGAAGACUUUUGGAAGAUAAAGGGGAUGAAGCCCCCUCGGAGGCCGAAGAAGAGGCCUAGAAACGUCCAGCGACAGAUCGAGGAUAUAUUUCCUUCGUCAUGGAUGUUGGUGGUGGCUCCAGAACGCUACAAAGUUAAUAAGGUAGUAUCCAUUUGUUUUAUUUCUCCACAAUUUUUGAAAUGCCUUUUGAAUCUCAACCGAUUAAAUUGUAUUUUCGUUUUUGCUUUCGUGGUUGCAGAAGAUAGUGAGUUCGACGACAAAGGGCUACGUUACUCGGAGUAG